AUGGCUUGUAACCAUUUCAAUGGUAGCGCAGCGCACACAGUUUGCAGCCUCGACAUAAAAGUGAAGAUGGAGAUCAAUGUCACAGUUUUAUAUCAAAUCAAGCAGGAAAUUCCAAUGCUGCGGCUUACAAAACUAAGAAGGGUACGUGUGCCAUUUUCUUCUUUGAAGCCGAUAUUUCGAGCAAGAACUGUAUCAGAUGCACCACCUUUUGACCCCAGCAAUAUUGUGUCAUUGCAGCAGCUCAUGUUUAACAAGUUUGAAUUUGAUGGGAAACUGAAUCUCACUUUUGUGGAAGGGGCAUUUAAGCUCCCAUUAUCAAGCAUACAAGCAUAUCUAAAAGAGCCUAUUACUCCCAGGUUCGUACACGUAGGGUCUGCAGGAGUUACCCGACCUGACAGGCCUGGACUUGAUCUAAGUAAACAACCUCCUGCUGUUCUCUUAAACAAGGAAUUGGAUUUUAUCCUGACAUUCCAGUUGAAGGGGGAGGAUUUAACAAGGGAAAGUGGAAUACCAUAUACAAUUGUGAGGCCUUGUGCAUUAACUGAGGAGCCUGCCGGAGCAGAUCACAUUUUUGACCAAGGAGACAAUGUAACGGGUAAGGUAUCAAGAGAGGAGGUUGCUCAGAUUUGUUUUGCUGCGUUGGAAAGCCCCUAUGCAUCUGGCAAGACAUUUAAGGUUAAAAGUGUUGUGCCAUUUAGUGAGCCAUUUACAGUGGACCCUCAAAGUCCACCCCCCGAGAAGGACUACAAUGUUUACUUUAAAACUUUGAAAGAUGGGCUUAUAGGAAAGGAAAUCCUGGAGCAAGAUCCUGUACCAGUGUAA